AUGCGCGUUGCAAACAAAUGCAUCAACAAUUUUUUUGUUUUUUGAUAAGAGCUUUUGAGUGGACCACUUAAUUGUCUUAAAACUCCGUUUAAACAAGUUGUCACAAAACUCGUACAUACUCCACAUAUGCCUCUUGUUUACAGACGUACGUUGUUGGCAUUGACCCUGGAUUGCCAGGAAUGGAAUUGAGAAUGGAUCAUCUAAUCGAAAUUGCUGGAAACGAAUCCAAUGUUUUCCUUAUAGAAGGUUUCGAAGGUUUGACAGACGAUUUCGGAGUUUUACUGGCACAAAGAUUCUGUCCACCACCUUGCGACACAGACCGAACGAUUCCUGCGACAACAACUCCUGCAGUGACUGUACCAACACCUGCACCAACAACGACGACCGAAGCGCCCACGACUACAACAACGACAACUACAACACCAGAACCAACUACAACAACUCCUGCCCCAACAUGUGAGAAACUUAACCUAAGGAAUGGAAGUGUGUCGUGCACCAAUGACAACAAGGACGGUUCUAUUUGUACAUUUUCAUGCGAUGCUGCCAACAGUUUCGAUCUCUAUCCUUCAAAUGGAUUCAGUUCAACUUGCGAGAGGACUUCGUGGGUUGAACCUCCACCAUGCUGCAACCGUAAGAUGGCGCUACAGCCCAUAACAUAACCUUUAUUUAAUGACUUAAUACAAGG